GACGGGGUUGUACGAUCCCAACCUGAAGGAGAAGACCUAACCCGCAGCGACGGGCGAUGGAGGGACAAUUUUUUCGUGAUGCAGUGCAGCAUUGGAUUUGAGAAGAAGAAGUGAUUUGAAGAUGAGCGAGGGAGAUAGGACUGAGUACAGCAAGAUUGAGGAGGAGGAUGAUGAUCUCAAGCUGCCGGCGGACACGUUAGCGCUGUUGCAGGAUUUUCAGCAGACGCAGUCGAGUAAGCUUGCGAUGUUUGAGAAGAUGCAGAAGAGGGCGGAGGCGAGAUUUGAUGCGAUUGGGACGGAUGGGUUUUCGUUUGAUGAUGAGGAGGUCGAGAAGGCUGAGGAUGAUGAUGAUGGGGAGGGGGAAGGGGAGGAUGAGGAGGGCGAAGGGGAAGAAGCGCUGAAGAGCAUGGAGAUAUUUACUGAGGACUGGAACCUGUCACAAUUCUGGUAUACGGACGAGACGGCACAUCGGCUGAGUGCGUAUCUGCUAGAACCUCUGGUGAAGCUGGGAAAGUACGGAAGUGACGAUUACGAGACAGUGGAAGGGUACGAGAGCAAGGAUGAUUUGCGGAUUGCGAUUCUGUCAGCGCCGACGGUGCACCAGUAUCUGACUCGGGUGAUUUUGCCAAAGCUGCCAAAGGGAGUGUCAAAGAAGGUGCAUGCGGUUGUGUUUGAGCAUGAUACGCGGUUCGCGGUGUUUGGACCGAAGCAGUUUGUGCACUACGACUUUAAUGCGCCGAUGAGGAUCCCGGCGGCGGUGAAGGAGCGGUUCGACAGCGUGCUGGUUGAUCCGCCGUUUCUGAGCGAGGAGUGCCAGGUGAAGACCGCGAUCACGGUGCGAUUGCUGCUGCGGAAGCCGAGCGAGGAGGAUGCAGCGAAGGGACGGAGUAGGCCGCGGGUAGCGGUGUGCACGGGACAGAAGGUCGCGGACGUGAUUCUGCGGACGUACAGAGGCUACGGGGUGCGGUGCACGGAUUUCCGGCCGGAGCACCGCAACGGGCUGCAGAACGAGUUCCGGUGCUUUGCGAGCGAGGCGGUUGAGGGUGUCUGGGGGUUUGAGGAGUGAGUAGUUGUAGUCAAUGACCAGUUUAUGAAGAAGCAGAUCAUAAUCAGCAGAGCGUAGAAAGAGAGCAGAAGAGCAUAAAUUAAUUUAAUGAGAGUUUCGGCUAGGCCCAAAGC